AUGAAUCGCGUUUUUGGCAAGAAGAAGCCCGAGGUGCCGCCUGUGAAUGUUUCUGAUGUAGGAGAUAAAAUUGAUACCCGAGUGACUGACUUGGACAAGAAAAUUGAGAAACUGGACGAGGACGUACGCAAAUAUCGCGAGCAAAUGAAGAAAACACGAGGUCCAGCUAGUAACGCAAUCAAGCAACGAGCUAUACAGACGCUUAAGCGCAAGAAAAUGUUUGAGGCACAACGAGACAAGUUACAAGCUCAGUCUUUUAAUAUUGAACAGGCGGCGUUUGCAAUUGAUACAUCAAGGGACACAAUUUCCACAGUUGCUGCCAUGAAGAGUGCAGUUGUGCAAUUGGGUGUGGAGACCAAGAAAAUUAACAUGUCGGAGCUGGAGGAUGCACAAGAUGAUAUGGCUGACCUGAUGGAGGAUAUGAACGAGAUCCAAGAGCUCAUGGGUCGCUCCUAUGGCAUCGGAGAUGAAAUCGACGAAGACGAGUUGGAAGCAGAGCUGGAAGGUCUGGAGGAAGAAUGGGCCGAGGAGGAGGCAGUCGGUGAGAAAGCAGAACAGGCGCCGUCGUACCUGGCGGCACCAGCACAGCAACAUGGACUGCCUGCCGCGCCCUCUGGCAUAUUAGACUCUGGAAGAACAACACGCGCCACCGACGAGUUUGGCCUGCCUGUGGCAUCCUAUUCGACAUAG